AGCAUUUUGAAGCAAAAAAAAAACUGCUUUACUCAUUUUCGAUCAACAAAAAGUCAAAAACAAAAUAUAGACAAACAAAAACUAUCACAAAAUGUUUCGUAUACAAAAAUUGCUGCUUGAAGAAUUUCGUGAAAUCUACGAGCCUGUCAUUGUGGAGAAUCCAUUCACGCAGGUGACCGAGGAUGGGCAGGGUAUAAGGCAGUAUCACAUAGGUCUUACACCUUCAAAAAUCAUCUUUGGAUGUGACGAUUUCGAUUUGACGGAUCGGGAUUAUUAUGGCUGGCAAAAUAUGGAUCCGGAAAUCGAAACAUUUGAAUUGGUCAGCUUGUUGCCACUGCAGUUUUUACUAGUGAAAUUCUUUCGCAAACAGGGGCGUUACAUUAUGCGCCUGUGCAUUGUGGGUGAUGAGGAUAAGCCGAUGUUUUUUGAAUUUGGUGGGCACUUGUAUAAGAAUUUAUUCUGGAAUACUUGGCGUGAACGAAUCGCCACAAUACGAUUAUCGCAGCCGUUGCUCUUUAACAUAUCUGGCUGUAGUCCAUUUUCAAGCACAGAUGUGUUGAUUGAGGAUGAGGAGGUACAAGCGCUAGUGCAUUCUGAGCCGCGUUCAGUGACUAGUUUUUGCGCGAGCUAUAGCUACCAGUGAGGGGAGUGUUUGAAACGUGCACAAGGGCUCCGUAAAACAGUUCUAAGAUAAAAUACGAACAUGUAUGUAUGUAUGUAUGUAUAUAUAUAAUUUUAUUACAAAGUUAUAAAUGUGAUAACAAUUGCU